UCUUUCGUUAUCGUCGCUAUUCCCUGCGUACUGUAUAUAUAAUCAAUCUCCCGCUCUCUCGCUCGCAUCUGCAUUUCUUCGCGAAGGUGCUUUGUGUACGUAAUAACACAACGUAUUAACGAACAGUGAGACAGAUAUCUGAUUGCCUAGAGAGAAAUAAGAGAGACACGUCGACGGUGAUAAUCUAGUGAUUCGUGGAGUUGAAAAGGGGAUAGUGAUAAAAAAUAAAAUUGUUGACUGAGGAAAAUUAAGGAAAGAAGGAAAUAGAUAAGAUAAUAAUAUAAGAAACGGAGAAAAAAACCAAACAAACACAGUGCGUGUGUGUGUCUGUGCGCGUGAUAAAAAAGUGAAAUAGAAAAAAUAGACAAACUCUUUGAGAAACGCGGUUAAAAGUACUGGCCCCCAAAUGCACAACCGGGAAAUCCUGUUUCAUGUUCAUGUUCUGGAGCAAACGGACUCUGCUCACUAAACGUCUCCUUAAGGCAAAAGUCCGUGGGGAGCAUGAAACCGAGUGUGAAACUCAAGAGAAUAAUCAUCACAUUAUACCGUACUCGAUUGGUUCGACGAGCGAAUCAUCAUCGAAGCAUCAUCCACCCUCAGGCAGCGGCACUGCCAGUCCGUCGACGACAUUAGGCGUCGGUAGCGCGGGAAAGGCGACGACGACGACGACGACGACGACGAAUUGUUGUUGCUGUUGUUAUUGUUGUUGUUUCACCGGUAGCGAGGAUAAUCGUCGUAAUCGUCAUCAUCAUCAGCAGCAGCAGCAGCAGCAGCAGCGUUACGGCAAUGCGUCAUCAGCGAGCAUCGAUGAUACGUCAAACGAUAACAACGGACGUGUAACCAGGUGCAAGGAUCUGCUGAAAAGUUUGAAGGAAAAUCAGCUGGAGAUGCUUUUGGCCGCGGUAGAAAGUUACGGAGCCGAUCUGAGCGGCUGUGUUCUCGUACCGAGGCGGCGACGACGCGCCGACGGAGAUCUGAGAACCGUCGAAAACGCGACCAACGAUAAUAAUACCGCGAUGGGCUGCAGGGAGGAUAAAAAGACCCAGCAGCAGACGCAGCGAUCCUCGGCUCGUCAUCAUCAUCAUCACAAUCAGCACAGUCAAAGACUGCAGCAGCGGCUGACGCGAGGGGAACGACGAUCGGACGAUAACGACGAGAACGCGAUUCCCCUGGAGGAGAGGAACCCAACCUCCCUUCCCCUCGCCGACGCCGCGAUCGCGACGACGACGACGACGACGACGACGAACAGCACGUGCAGCAGGUUCGGUCGAGGCGAUCGACAGUCGUCUCAUCGUUCGCGAAAUUCCGCCGGUGCGACGCCGGCGUCGACGGAUCGCAACACCGGCGUCGAACCCCACCUUCUCUGCUGCCAAAUUUGGCGGUGGCCCGACCUCGCCGACAGCGAUGAACUUAAGAGACUUCCGGUAUGCCAUUCCGACGAGGAUCCCGUCUACGUUUGCUGCAAUCCCUAUCAUUGGAGUCGGCUCUGCAAACCCGAGUCGCCGCCACCUCCCUACUGCCUUAUUGCCGAUAGGUUAAGACCCGAGGAUCGUGCACCGAGCGAAGGUGGAGGCGAAGGAGACGCCGACGCGGUGAUUAAUCGGCACAGAAACGCAAACCCACCACCACUUCCCGGAUCCCUGACUACGAACGGUGAAGACGCAUCGGGACAGCGGGAAUGGUGCACCCUGGCCUACUGGGAACUCGGCGGUAGGGUAGGUCGUCUCUUUCCCGUCGAACCGUCGACGGUAAACGUGUUCGACUCCCUCCUUGACGGAGACGGCCUCUGCCUCGCGACCCUUGCCGAGAACCACUCGACUUCGCCGGCGAUUCAGAGGACUCGCAGCAAAAUAGGUCUCGGUCUGACGCUGAGCGACGAGUCCGACGGCGUUUGGGCCUACAACAGGUCGGAGAAUCCGAUAUUCGUAAACUCGCCGACGUUGGACGACCCGGAGUCGAGAACCUUGCUGGUGUACAGGGUGCCGCCUGGAUUCUGUCUGAACAUAUUCGACCGGGCAAAGAAUGUACACAGGCACUAUCACCACCAGCAGCAGUCGUCGACCUCCUUGUCGUCGUCGAAUUCACCGAAUAACGCCGCCGUCCAGGGACUCACCAGCGGUCCCGUUGACGUAAACUCCGUCCGUAUAAGCUUCGCCAAGGGCUGGGGACCGAAGUACUCGAGGCAAGAGGUCACCUCGUGUCCGUGCUGGCUCGAGGUUUUACUUGCGCCGUGCAGGUGAUCCCUCGACGUUCGUUUCCUUCGACAUUUUCUCGGACACGCUCGAUCUUGUUCAAGAUCAAUUUCGCCGAUAUGGAUAACGGAGGGGGGAAAUCCGGAACGAGGACGGAGAUUCUCUGACCCCGUGCGUUUCUACAGUAAUAAUAUGCAACUUGGAACUGCGAGUUAGUUGUGUUUUGUGUUGUUUUCAAAAAAAAAAAAAAAGUUAGGAUUCUCCUUUUCCUUUUACUUUACUCUUCUCUUCUCUUCUUUAUUUCGUCGGAUUUUAUAUAGAACACACACAAAAUUUGAUCGAUUCUUACGGUUGAUGUCCGCACGUUAUUUUUACCAUAUUAUAUCUCCGAUACAUCCCCGUAUAUAUAUACACACGGUGUAUCAUAUGUAUAUUGUAUGUGUAUAUAUUUUUAGUAUAUGUACAAAGUAUGUAAUUCGAUGUGGAUGAAAAGAAGAAUUAGACUUGUGGCAGAUGAUAUUCAGAUGGAUAUUGCUAGUCCAUAAUGCAAUAUUUACAACGAUAUAUACCGUAAAUGUAUAAUGUUUACAUUGUAUAUUAUAUUGGAGUUGCUGGAAGAAAACUCGAAGACGGCAAAUCAAUUGUUGGUACUUUUUUUUCUUCAAUUUCUGCGACGAUCGCAUGUGUUUUUUUUUUCCCUCUUUUCUACAGUUCGCUGUAGUCACAGUUGGUAUUUUUUGUUUUUUCCACUUCUCACCCCAUUGGUAGGAAGGUAUCCAGUUAUUAUUGACAGUAGUAAAAAAUGUAUGUAGGUAGACAAUGAUUUAUUUAAGUAUGAAUAUCGGUAGCUAAAAACAAAUCGAAACAAACAUUUUUUUUUAUAUCAAUAAAGAAUCCAGAGCUUUUUUUUAAUACAAGUUUUGACAGUUAAAAAUAAAAAUUGAAAUAAAAACAACAUGGUUUAUCGAUAGGAUGAAUUGGAUUUAUUUAAAAAUAACACAUUCUACGCGGGGUUGUCAAUGUACUAUAGAGUGUAUGAAACAGAAAUGGCAUGAGGAUACUUUUUCUACCGAUUGAUUCAUGUCGAUUAAUUGAAAGUUGUAAUUUCACCUUGUUCGUAUUCAAUUAAAUCAUUCAUUAUUUUCCUCGUUGUUUUUUCCGUCUUUCCGACUGUAACCGAAAUUGUAAUAAAAUUGGGAUCCGUUUUAUGCGAUUCCAAGUGCGAUUCGAUGAGUUGAAACGCUUGUGUUAUUUAAUUAUUCUUCGGUCUCUUCCGGUUGUUGUUAUUGUUGUUGUUGCGCCGCUGUUAUUACUAUUGUUACUCCUAUUAUCAUUAUUACUGUUUAUGUUGUUGUUGCUAUUGCCAUUUGUGCAUCCCAUUUCUUUUCAUUACUACCACUAUCGGUUGUCAUCAUUAUUGUUAUUACAAUUAGUUUGAUAUUAUAUUUUCUCACCGAUGUUUCGAAUCUUAAUUCCGGCUGGCAAGGAGAACCGAAUUUCUUUAGUCAACGUUAAAUAUACCCGCGCACGUACAUACGUAUAUACGGUAUAAAAUUAAAUUGUGACAAAUCUGAUUUUCUAUCUCACUUCUCUUUUUUUUUUUUUUUCAACUCUUUCUCUCCGAUCAUCCUUGUAUAAUGUUUGGUGUCGACGAGUACACGCUAUUAAUAUUAUAUCUAGUAGACAGUCUAGAAAAUUGUAUGUCUAUACGAAGUGUACGCAGUAAACAGACUUUCAUAGGCGUCGUAGAUGUAAUUUGAUAACCGAUGUUUUGCUUUAUCCUUAUUUUCUCUUUCUUCUCGUACUGAUAUAAUAGUAUAUGCACAAGUAGAUAAGCACACACUCACUGUAUUGUGAUAUUGAACGUCGUAUACGAUGCACACGCACACUUAAUACUUGGGUACACAACGUAUUAUAAUCGCGUGUGGCGAGAGUGAAAAUAAUUACGAUUAUUGCAAACACUAUUUGGAUCGUAUUGUUGUAUUAUAACAGGCAGAUAUGAAAACGGAAAAUUUUAGGACAAAAGGGUAACACGUUUAAUGGGUUUUUUUUUUUUUCUUUUCUUUAUGGCGAUGCAGGGUGUUUCAAAUAUACACAUUUUUUUUCCUCGUUAUCGCAACAACCACUUUUAUCGCGAAUUGUAAAAGUUGAAGCUAGGUUGAAGCGUCUGAUGAAAAACAUUAGAGAAAAAGAAAAAGAAACUUGAACACAAUUAAUUUUGAUUACAAAAUUGAAUUCGAUCGUAUUGUUUCGUAUUUUUUUCUAUAGAAUUCAUCCGUUACUCAGUUAACUUACGUAUUUAUCAUAUGUUAGGUGUUGUAAAUUGCUGGAAUCAGUUUUAACUGUUGCAGAAAACUAUUACUUUUUUUUUUUUAACUCUUUUUUUGCUCUUCUUUUAUUCAAUUUCUCGAAGGAUUAUCGAUUUUGAAUCUCGAAAUUGAUCGAUUUUUUGUACAAAUAUUUAUCGGAAGUAGAUAAUAAAUCGGUUUAUGUUACACAAGCACGGGCGUGUCAACGUAAAAACUUACAACUUACCGUCAACAAUAACAUUUGUACAAUCACACACACACACACACACACACACACCUAUUUGUGCCUAUAAAAAUAUAAGAGCGAAAUGGAAACCAUGCUUAAAAUGAUUAAUAUACAAAAUAAAUGAUGUAAAAUUGGAAGGAUAUUAUUGAAAAAUAAUAAGAUAUAAAAAACGUGCAAACAAAUACGAAAUUGAAAAGAAUUUACGCUAUAUGAACACUGCGUCAGCGAACAGUAUAAAAGGGGUAAAAAUAUUACGAAGGAGUAACAGUUUAUACUUGCUUAUCAUAUUAUACCCCUUUAGUAAUGUAACAUGACACACGAUCUUCUGUAUGUAUGAACAUACAAUGCGUACAACGUGUAUCCAUUAAAUUAUAAUAUAUGUAUGUAUACGAAUUUUAUUAUUGUUACUAACUACGAUAGUAAUAUUAACGAUAAAGAUCGUUUACGAAUUUUCUGUACAUUGGAUAAUAAUUUUUACACAUUUUCUAAAUCCCGACUUCUUCUAUACGGAUAUUAAAUCCUGCUUAAUAAAUCCUGCUAUAUAUAUAUAUACAGUACAUGGUGGAUAACUCGUGUGUUUUGCAUAAAAGGAAGGUUUAUUGAAAAGUCGGGGAGAGAGGGAGGGAAAAGUGACAAACUAAAGAAGCAAAUAACCAACCGAACUUGAAUAUACACGAUAAUUCCAUAGAUAUGCUUCGGUAAUAACAUUUUUUACGGAUGUAACGCACCUGUGUGGGUAUAGUACAUCUAAUGCAGACUGUCUUGAGAAUAGAUACAGAGAUUUUAGGGCCUAUGAUACAGGGUUGAUAUAAUGUAUACAUUAUUGUACGUUGUACACGAUUAAUGGUUUAGGGUAAGAAAUUUAUACCGCGAUACGCGUAACGGAUGCACGAUUCGUAUGUUUUUACGCAUCACGGUGCAAAUACUUUUACGUUUCUUAUUCUCAACUGGUUUCCGAUUUUACAUAAAAUUGUUCGUUUUAUUGUUUCGAUUGCUCUUCUCUCUUUUUCAUUUUCAAAUCACAUGGAUUACUCUACAAAGACGCUCACCUGCAGACCGACAAACGAGGACGAAAAUGAAAACUAGAACAGGGACAAAGACGAGCUCUCAGUUUAGCCUAGGGAUCGUGUCUGUGAAACAUAGUGCCUUUUAUAUAGCGUUCACUAUUAAUUGAUAGACCUAUAUAUAUAUAUAUACAGUAAAUAAUAAUAAUAAUAUAAAUAAUAUAAAUAAUAAUAAUAACUACAACAACAACAACGAUGAUGAUGAUGAUGAUGAUAACAAUAAUAAUUAGUAACAUCUAUAUUACGUGUUAUCCAGUAACAUACAGAUGUUGUUAACGGUUAUAAUAUUAAUGAGCGUUUUCAUUCUUUUUCUAACUUUCUUUUUUUGUUUUUAUGUAACUAUUUUUCUUGGUGUACCAUGUAUAAAACUCUUAUACUUGAACAAUGUAAUUUAAGAAUGUACGAAAGAUAAAAGUAAUGUUAGCGAUAACAAUGGUAAUAUUAAGAAUAAUUAUUAUUGUUUAAUACCGACAUCGUACAGAAAAAUAACGUUGAAAAGAAAGGGAGGAAAACUCGUGCGCAGCGCUGUGUCGGUUAUCCAAAUUUGAAAAUUACAAAUCCCGUGUAAUAACGAAACUGACGAUUAAGAGAAGGAAAGUAAAUAAGGCUGGUGUGUUAAAAUUUUGACUCGCGUUCAGGUCAAUAUUAAUAUCAAACGAACGUAGUAAUAAUAAUGAUGAUGAUGAUAGUAAUCAUAAUGAUAAUACAUGCAGAUAGUUGGACAUUUUUGAACUUUCAGCAACAACCAAGAUGACAACGAUUCAUUCGGAUUCGAGACCUAUAUUAUUGUAAUUAUUAUUGUUUUAUAUCGACCGCAAAAUUGGAUCAUCAGUUCUAUUAUAUCCCGAUGUACAUUGUAUGUAUAUUCGUAUGUGCAUAUACCAAUAUACAUACAUACACAUACCCAUACAAUAUAUAUAUAUAUAUAUAUAUUUAAACAAUAUAAAUAUGUAUAUAUAUUUAAACAAUCUAUGUACGUACAUUAUAUUGUAAAUUAAUGCAUGUUUGAAAAGAGAAAUCGAUAUGAACCCUCUUUUUCUUUCCAUUUUGUCACCUUUCACUCCGUCAUAUGCGAUAUAUUUUUAGUAUGACGCGUAGGGAAAGACCUCGUUCUUUUCUUCUUCUUGUUUCCCUUUUCUUACAAGUAUAAAAAGAAAACUUGAAGUUUCCUACCUACAAGUGCAAUUAAUUUUUGAUGAUUUAAAAUUUUUUUUUUUAUUCUCCUUGUCCGUCUUGCGAAAUUUCUUAUAGAUAUUUAUUCUGUACUCGCAAAUCGAUUUUGAAAUUUCUUACUUAUCUUUCAUUACAUGCAGUAAAUUGAUGUGAGGGCGAGGAUAAUGUUAUUGUUUUUUAAUUUUCAAGUUUUUAAUUGUUUCUUUUCCAUCGGCGCAUAUUACGGCACUAGAUACAUCGAUAUACGUGAUAAAUUCGGUUCUACGGUUUAUGUAUAUACGUAGAUAGAGACAGAAGCUUGUAGUAAUAAAGCGGAUCGGCGAAAUUGAUCACUUGUGAAGAUGCUGAAAUGUAGAAAAAUAAAUACUAUGUGCUUAACA